AAAGAAACCAGAAAACAUUCACUGAAGGAGCUGAAGUGACAGAAUUGAAGUGUUUAGUAAAAAAGACUCAAACGGCUUCGUCGCUGAUCAGAAGUGUUGGUUGAACAGCUCUCGACCGACUGACUGAUGUCUGCAGCUGUAACUGAGCGCGUGCAGCUGAUGUCGAGGAAAACUGCGCAUCAGAGGGUUUGAUCUUGACGUGAGCCUCAGAGUGAAGGUGGUUAAAGGUCAACAUGUUGCUGCUACACCUGUUCUUCUCUCAGGAUCCUUCAGUCACAGAACCAGAAACCGGGUUUUCGUGUGUUUACAGCUUCCUGUCUGCUCGUAGGAUGAGACAACAUCACUGGAUUACAUUUCAGAUCUGAGCUUUGUGCCCCACAUCAGGGAACCGGAUGGGUUUUUCAUGUUUGGUUCGUUUGUUUUGCUAAUCAAGGAGACUGACAACUGAUUUCUGGAACUGAUGCUUAUUUGCAGUAAAAACAAAAAACCUUCACAGCAGUUUGUUAUUGAGUCCCACUUCCUGUUGGAGGCGGGACUCAUCUGAGCACAGUCUGCCGAGGUGAAGCGCUUUGUGUUUAGAGACCCGACCGAGGGACUCAGCAGGACCAGAACCACCAAGGUCCAGAGUCAGCUGGAAGGCAGCAGACUGCCAGCAGUCCUGUCAGCUGAGCAUUUGUUGUGAAUAUGAAGUCAUCCUGCUGAUGAAACAGCCAGAGAGUUAUCCAUGAACUGAACAGCUGACAGACUGAAUUAAUAUAAGACAACAUCUCAGAGCCCAGGAUCAGCUGCAGCUCUCACAUCGCCACCAAAGGAUGCAGUCUGACCUGCAAGCUGCUGGGAGGCGGCAGCGACGAUGAAGAUGCUGAGGACGAUGAGGAUGGCAUCGAGAGGAUGAGCCUGUGCUACACCAACUGGUCCAGCAGGGAGGGCUUCAGCUGCCUGCAGCAGCUCGGAGACACCAUCAGCUCCGAACAUCUGACGCCUCUGCUGGUUCUCAACCUGACCGUCCACCUGAAGAAAGGAGGCAACAUCUCCACCACAGUCGACCUGCAGAAAAUAGUCAAACCGAGGAGUCCUCAGGUGUGGAACGUCACCUUCGACCUCGAGCUGAACCAGGCUGCCAUCCACUUUCGGACUCCGUAUGACAAAGACUACCUGAAAGUGGACAACCAGGUGUUCCAGCUGCACAUCUGCAGCGCGGGCAGCAGCACGAUUCAAAACGUGUCAGCGAAGGACAGCCUGCUGAUCGACAUGGAGCGCCUCAAAAAAUACACCGAGUACCACGUCAAAGUGCGAGCCAUCCCUCAGAGGUUUCAGGGCAGCUGGAGCGAGUGGAGCGAGACCUUCAGCUUCGUUACUCCUGCUGAGAAGAAGCUCCCAAACCAGACGGCCUACAAACUGAUUGUGUGCCUCGUCUCGCUGGUGGUGGUGACUUCCAGCGUCGUAAUCGGCUGGAAAAACAAAAUAUUCAGCUACAUGUGGCCGAGCAUCCCGCAUCCCAAACAGACUCUGGUGCACAUCUGCAAACCAAACAAGGGUCUCUUACUGAACUUCAAGCCCGAGGUAUUCAGCGCUCUCAGGGUCUACCCAGUGGAGAAACCGAGCUGUGAGGAGGUGGAGCCUUCGAUCAAUCCUGCUGCUGCUGUUCAGUCCAGUAACCCAAGCUCCACCCAGAGCUCCACCCAGAGCUCCACCCAGAGCUCCAGCUGCAGGAGCACCACCAGCAUCAGCACCGAGGAGCUGGAGCUGUCCGCCCUGCUGAGUUCCUCCUCCGGUGAGGACAGCCUCCAGAGCUCCAGUCCGUCCCCUGUCAACGUUCCUCAGCCGAUGGAGAGACCCGACUCCCUUGAAGCGGACCGGAUCAGUGCAGGACACGAGGUGGAGGUGUUUGGAGCGGGUCAGCAGGAGGAGGCCUACGUCACCAUGUCCAGCUUCUAUCAGAUCAAGUAGCCGAAGAAGAGCAGCAGGAUCGGAUUCAACCAAAGAACGUCAUGAUGGACUGGAAAUGUGCGACUCUUCGGCCAAUAUCAGAACCAGAUGUUCUCCUGAAGCAUCACAGGUGUGUAGCUGGUGGGUUUGGUCCAGGUACUGGCUGGAUCUCCUGGUUUAGAGCAUCAGUCGCAACGUGCUGUCAAUGUAUGUCUAAUCACACGGUACCAUCUCCUACAAAGCUGAGUCAUAUUAUGUGUUUAAACCUUGGAGGACUGGACUCGUAACGGCUCCUGAACCAACCAACACAACCUGCUGUUUAUAAAGUUUCCCUUUGUGUCCACACGUUUAGAUAAAAUGCAGAAACGCUGUUAGCUUGGAGUCGACUCCCAGGAAACAUGAAUGAACAUUAAAUGAGUCAGAUGCUCCUCAGCAGUGUCUCUGCUCCACCAGCUCCACACCUGACCCAAAGCUUUUGGCAUAAAGUAUUUAUAAAGGUAAACUUUUAGAUACAUACAUCAAAUGCUUUCCACUUUCAGCAGUUUUUGCACGUAUUUGCUGUUUAAAACUCCAGAACUCUGAUCUACCCGGAUCAGAACAUUGACCCAUAUUUCAGUUUUUCUAAUUGAACUGGUCAGACCUGCUCAGUGUUCUGCUUCGUGUGACUGUGUUAUUACUGCAUCACCACCUCACUUCUGUAUUAUCAUUUGUUUGCUAAUGUGCUCAAAGAUGGAACUUUUCAUGACGGCUUUUCAAUUCACUGACAACCAAAAGACUAUUGAUCUGCUGAUCAGUUUACAGAUUCUGAAUCAAUGACGUGAUGAGAAACAGUUAAAACUUCAGGUUGAUCGUUCCUGACGUGCUGCUGGUCAAACAGCCUCAGCUCUCAGCGUGAGCAUCAACCUGCUGAACGUUGUAUUCAGUGACCACGUUCAUGUCUUCAGGAGCAGCGUCAUGUUCAGAUCACUCACUUUCCAUGAAGACAGUCUUUCCCCUAAAUGAGCUGGUCCGAUGUGAGGUCACUGACCCUCAGCGUCCUGUUGCUCCUGAUGCCAUGUGACUGUAGCCGCUGUAUCCCUGUACCUUAUAAACUGACAUCCCUCUGCUGCUGGAGGAACCCUACAACAUGGAACUGGUGUUUUUGUAUGUUUUACUCCAAAUCCCAGAAACCUGAAUGCUUCCAGAACAUUGUCGUGUUGUCUGUCGCGUCCCACAGCUCUGACCUGCAGACAAACCAGCGCCAGUCUGAGUUAGUAGAUGUUCCACCACAAGCCUCUAGAACUGGUACUGGUCCUUGUCAAAGAGCAAAUCUGUGGAAAUAAACAUCAAUACUAAAUCGUCAGUAGGUAUUCAGCACCCUCAGUGGUUCCUACAAACUCCUCUGUAGCCACAGAAGCUCCUAGAGAACCACAGCAAGAACCUACAGGACCACCUCAAAGACUGGCAAACACUAUGACUCCAACCGCCACAAGAAUCACCUUAACCUCCCAACUGGAACCACCUAGAUAGUUCCUUGUACAGCUUUAGUUUUAGUAUGUAAGAGACCCCUAGAACCUCCUGACUAACUGAUAGAACCAUAUAAAAGGCACCUUGAACCUUCUAAGGGACGGCCAGAACCAGGCCGUGACCCCUGUAAUUACCAAGUGUUUACUAGAACUCCCUACAGUCCAACUCGACCACUAGAACAAACAGAAGGACGCCUGUGUUCCUUGUUGGGGCUCAGUCGGGAGAACGUCAGCGGUUUGUGACUAAAACAUACAAAAACACUGGAGAGAUUCUUUAAAAGCUGCUCAGAUCCAUCAGAGAACCGAAGCUGCUGCUGUCUCGUUCACCCUCAACCACAGGGCACCGCGUCUGGAGGGAGGGGUGGGUGUGUUGCCAUGACGACCUGGCCCGGCUGUUUGUUUGUGGUUGUCGUCACGGAGACACGAUGCUGCUGCUUUAACAUCUGACACAACCUGCGCCUCCAGCAAGCGCAGGAGGGUCGGCUCCAUCCACUGCAGGCUCCUCUGGACUCAGCGCACUGUCCGGACAGAACCACGCUUUAUUUAAUCAUGCUGCAUGUUAACAUACAAUAAAGUCAACAAAACCGG